GGCCGCGCUGGCUGCUUUUCAGCAGGAAGAGACGCCGCUUCGUGUUCCGCGGUUUAUUCCAGUAAUUUUUGAACAAAACUAAACCGCCUCCGUCUCCAGGUGCUGUUGCCGAUCACCGGAGCUUCAUGUCCGCUGCGGACGCGGCGUGAGACCGAGGAGAGGAGCAGAGGCUAACCGGAAGCUAACGUUAGCCCGCCGCUCGGUGCCGGUGACCGUCAGAGCUGGUUGUUGCAUGGGUCAGUGACCGUCAGCCAUGAGCGCCGAGCCGGACGCCCUCGCCGUGGUCAACCAGCUGAGGGACCUGGCUGCAGACCCCAUGAACCGCAGGGCCAUCGUCCAGGACCAGGGCUGCCUGCCGGGACUCAUCCUGUUCCUGGACCACCCCAACCCUCAGGUGGUCUACUCUGCCCUGCUGGCCAUCCGGUACCUGGCAGAAUGCCGAGCCAACCGGGAGAAGCUGAAGGGGGAGCUGGGGAUGAUGCUGAGCCUCCAGAACGUCGUGCAGAAGUCGACCACUCCCGGAGAGACGAAGCUGCUGGCGUCAGAGAUCUACGAACUCCUGCAGGCGUCCAGCGGCGCCGAGUUGGAGUCGGCCGAGGAGGCCGUCAGCGGCCGCCGUAAGGCCCAGUUCUUCCUGGGCUCCAGCAACAAGAGGGCCAAGACCGUCAUCCUCCACAUCGACGGGCUCGACGACCCGAGUCGGAGGAGUCUGUGUGAGGAGGCUCUGCUGAAGAUCCGAGGGGUCAUCAGCUUCACCUUCCAGAUGGCCGUCAAGAGAUGCAUCGUCCGGAUCCGCUCAGACCUGAAGGCCGAGGCUCUGGCCUCUGCGAUCGCCUCCACUCAGGUGAUGAAGGCUCAGCAGGUGGUGAAGGCGGAGGACGGAGACGAGGUGUUGAUCCCGUUCUCAGAGGACGGCUCGGUGGAGGUGGAGCAGAACGUGGACCUGCCGGACUACCUGCCUGAAGACGAGAGUCCAUCUCAGGAGCCCGACAAGGCGGUGAGCCGAGUGGGAUCUGGCCAGGACGGGGCCAGCUGGCUUGGCGCUGCCGCCAACUUCCUGUCGCGCUCCUUCUACUGGUGACCCUGCAGAGGGCGCCGCCCCCUCGCCCUCUGUCAAACCCCCCACCUCCUCUCAAGACCAAAACCUUCCAGCUGCCAAAUGCCACCGCCGGAGAGGCUGUGAACCAGAACCAGAAAUCUCUGGGACGAAGCGGUCCGCUCCUUGGUUUCCAUGGCGACGCCGUAAACAGUGUGACAAACCAGAUUGUCUUAACGGGACGGAGGCGUCCUGCUGCAACAUGAACAAACACCACCGAGUUACAUACAGAGACCGGAACCAGGACCGUUGACCUGCUCAGUAUUUAUUGGACCAAACUGGGAUCCACGAACCUCCUGCUGGGAAACAUUUUCUUAAGAGUCCACGGGUCUGGUGUCCGGGACCCACAGCGACGCUCCGCACAACAUUUAUUUAUUUUAAUGAUCAGCAAAGCGUCUUUCCUGUGAGGCCGUUUUAAGGUUCAGAAGACUGAGGAUUAAAGGGUCCAUCAGGACACAGUUCAGCUGUCGGUGAGGCCGGUGCAAACAACCAGGCUGGUGCUGAUCCAGAGGGUUCCUGUCAGUGUCUUUCUAUGGAUGGAUCCAUGUUCCACCACCUGUUGAGGCUCUAACAUCAGCAGAACCUGGUGUGGUGAAGUUGGACCAGACCAGGUUCUGGAUUUGCAGAGCUACAGGAUGCUUCAGGUUUAGUUUCUCAGCAGAUGAGGGGUAUUUAGCCUUAGAGACAGUUUCCAUAGAAACCUGGCUGGUGGACUUCUGGAGGUGCUGAACCUUUAAAAGGGCUCCACAGGUGAGACGUUUAAAAAACAAAUGACACCAGAGGAUUUCCCAGUUGUGAAAAAAUAUGAGAUUCUCAGAAUUCUGCCAAAAUGUUUUUAGAACUCAGUUAAAUGAAGACCGAACAAAAUCUGGA